UUCAGGUGAACGCCUCAGGAGUGUUCGAGUUGAGGCUGAAGUCGUUCGUGAACGAGUACGGGAAAGACAGUCUGGGCAAGUGCUGCUCCGGUAGCACGUCCAAGACGGGCGAGUGCUCUGGCGUUUGCAAAACCAGGUUCAGGGUUUGCCUGAAACAGUAUCAGGUGAAGAUCGACACGACGACGCCGUGCACCUACGGCGACGUCGUCACGCCCGUACUGGGCGAAAACAUCGUCAACCUUAGCCCGAACGUCGCCAUGCCCAGUUUCACCAAUCCCAUCAGAUUCCCGUUCGAGUUCACGUGGCCGGGUACCUUCUCGCUGAUAGUGGAGGCUUAUCACGACACGGACAACACGACGCACCACUCGCCCGAGAAAGUGCUGAUAACGAGACUGACCACCCAGAAGUGGCUGGACGUGGGUCCGAACUGGACCGAGGACGAGUACAGGAGCGCUCACUCGAAGAUGGUGUACGAGUACAGGGUGACCUGCGUGGCCCACUACUACGGGAAAGGUUGCGAGAACCUGUGCAGGCCGAGGGACGACAAUUUCGGUCAUUACAGCUGCAGCCCGACCGGGGAGCGCGUCUGCCUCUCUGGAUGGAAGGGCGACUACUGCAACACCCCCCGCUGCCUGCCCGGAUGCGACGAGCAGCACGGACACUGCAAUCGACCCGACGAAUGCAUAUGCCACAACGGUUGGAAGGGAGCGUACUGCGACCAGUGCGUGAGAUACCCAGGCUGCCUUCACGGUAGCUGCCAGAAGCCCUGGGAGUGCCUGUGCGACGAGGGCUGGGGCGGUCUGUUCUGCAACCAGGACCUGAACUUCUGCACGAAUCACAAGCCCUGCAGGAACGGCGGCACCUGCUUCAACACCGGCCAGGGUUCGUACACCUGCUCGUGCGCGCCAGGCUUCACCGACACUGACUGCCAAACGCCGCUUUUGGACUGUCACUCGAAACCGUGCCUGAACGGUGGCUCCUGCUCGAUGGAGCCGUCCUACGGGAACUCUAGCCAGCCGAGCAGCGCCGCCAGUGUCCCGAAACCGUCGACGGACGCUGCCACCUCCAGGCAACAUCAUCGCGCCGGUUACCGUUGCACCUGUCCGCCAGGCUGGCGGGGUCAUCACUGCGAGAUCAGCACGAGAUCCUGUCGAGAUUCGCCCUGCCAUCACGGGGCCAGCUGCGAGGACGACUCGUUGCGCGGCUAUGUGUGCCGCUGCCCGCCAGGUUACACGGGCAACGACUGCGAGUCUCAGCUCGACGAGUGCUCGCCUAAUCCUUGCUCCAACGGAGGCAGCUGCACGGACAUCGUCAACGGGUUCCGUUGCUCUUGUCCGGCGGGAUACACCGGUGAGCGUUGCGAGACGAACAUCGACGACUGCCAAGGCGAUCCGUGUCUGAAUGGCGGAACUUGCGUGGACCUAGUGAACCAGUUCCGUUGCCAGUGCGUGCCAGGAUACGUGGGCAGGCUCUGUCAGGAUAAAGUGGACUACUGCUUGGCGAAACCAUGCGCCAAUGGCGGCAGAUGCAUCUCGGGGACCAACGACUACCGUUGCGCGUGCAAGCCGGGCUUCACGGGCAAGGACUGCAGCGUGGACGUGGACGAGUGUCGCAGCUCGCCUUGCAAGAACGGAGGUAGCUGCAAGAAUCGUGUCAACAGCUUCAUCUGCGAGUGCCCGAACGGUUGGCACGGUGACACGUGCGCAGAGGAGGUGGGCAGCGGAACGGCAGUCCUGCCCGCAGCGGCGGCUGCCAGCUCGCCGUCGAACGCCGCUGUACCAGCGGUGCCUCCUUCGGGCGCCAGUUACUGGUCGGGGAAUCUCUCAGGGCGCGUGGCGUCCGCCGAGCCUAGGGACGCUGGCUUGACCACGGAACACGUAGUGGUGAUUGCGACCCUUUCAACGGCGGUGCCAGCGUUCGUCCUGGUUGCCGCGGUGGCCGUGAUGUGCAUGAAGAGGCGGCAGAAGCGGGAACAGGCGAAGGCCGACGAAGAGGCCAGGCUCCAAAAUGAACGCAACGCCGUUCACAGCAGCAUGAGCAAGAGGAGCGGUGGCGUGAUGGGCGGAGUAGGCGGUGGCACGGGGGUUGGCUCGACGGGUGUCAGUGGCGUUGGAAUCGGAAACGUGGGACUGUUGGGCGGCGGGGGCAGUGGAAUGAUCAGCGGCAGCGGCGGCGGGAGCGUGUGCAACCUGGGCACAGGGGAUGCGCACAUGAUCAAGAACACAUGGACGGCGAACAAGAGCGUGAACAACGCCGCGUCCGCCAGACAGGACGACCUCGACUCCUCGUUUCAAACCGACGUCACGCUGGACAGCACUUGCUCGGGUUACAAACCAGAACCAGUGCUGCAGGAUGGACGAACGCGGACAACCAAGCAGCUGAACACCGAGGCGGCUGCCCACAGGGCGUCCCACCUCUUCCAGAAGGAGAAGGACUGCCUGGGCUUGGGUCUGGGCAUAGGCGUUAUGGAGAGCGCGAAAAGGUCAUCCGUGUUCGCGGGAAACGCGACGACGGACAGCUGUUGCGCAGCGGAGGCGGCGCUCCUCAAGAGGCCGCCGACCACUAUCGCGGAGGGUGGCGGAGGGCCACCGGGAAGCGGAGGAGCCACGGACACUGGCUGCGGGGUCUACGUCAUAGACGAUCACUACAGGCACGACUCGUCGUUGGCGGCGACGCUUGCGACGGAAGUGUAGUUUCGUAUCCCCCGCCCCCCUUCAUUUGUGAGCCAAUCGACCAAUGGACUCUGUGCGUUUCUCCCUCGCGACGAGAGCUCUGUGUCUGAACUGAUCCCCUUUCGUUGGUCUUCGUGGAUCAUCGUCGCGCGAGUUCUCCGUAUGCAAAGAUCAUUGACGCUGUAUGGAACAUGUAUGGCGACGUUAGCGCCGGAUUAAGACCGUGUUGAAAUCAGGGCUACAAGUACUCGAGAGGCCUCUAGUAGUCACGAGUCAAAUCGAUUCGAUCCGUACACCCUGGAGGUUUAUUAGCGGGGGUUUGUCUCGAUCGACUGUCCUCUCCGAUCAGCGAACCUCCGCUAAUCCGCCUAGCGUGUGAGUCGCUGCGGCCCAACUCAUAUAGACUGCCGUCCCAAGCGACGAUCUCUGGCGGCCUCUCAGGCGCACCCGCCCAUCCUUAAUCCGGCGCUGAUGCAUCGCGGUGUCCGCCGCGAAUUCAGAGCCUAGAUUUUACAGCGAAGACCGGAGAUGAUCCGGGUACAGUUCGGCAGCGUGUGUCUCCUCGGGCACGGUUCCUGUGCCGAUGGGAACUUGAUCGCGAGCUCCGACGAGAGUUUCUUUGAUGCUUUCGUCACUGUUUGUAGAGAAACAUUUCGCAACGAAGACACUCGAUCCGAAUUACAAAGAAAUCUGUCGGCGAAUAGCGCGCCGAGUCCCGGACUCCCUCUCCGUGUUAUUGUCGCGACGAUUGGCGGUAUCGAACAAGUGGCGCCGAUCGAGCCGACGCACGUGAACAAACCAACGUCAGCGAUCUUUGUACGCGCGACGCGCUACCGAGCGAGCAACCGCGUUUCUUCGCGAUUCCUUUGUUUCCCUCCCCUUCGUUGCGCGUGAGAACGUUCCGCUCGGACUUUGCCAGCACGGGGGAGGAGGAAGUUGACGCGCGCGUUCCGCUGGACGAUCCUCGGGGGAACCUAUGUCCCGCGGAAGAAACUAUUUUCACUUCUUCUUCUUCUCUUUUUUUUUUUUUCGUUUUUUUAGCGACCAACUCGACGGGAGGAACGAGAUAAAAGAAUAUAUUUAUGCGGAAUAUACGCGUCC